AUGGCAAUUGCUCACGCUGCUCACUUUGCGAGCACCAUUCGCCUUGGUCCUGCAGCGCCUAUUGCGGGCUACCCGAAUUCACACCAUGAACUGUGGGACGGUCGCUCACCACUCACGACGGCAGGAGAGGACCUCGCCGCCACCCCAAGCGGCAUGGAGUGUGAGCUGCCCGACGACCCGGCACAGGCAACGUGGAUCAGCGGCCGCAGUGUCUCGUUUCCCGACGUGACUGCGCAACGCGCACUGUGUGCCUCCCACUGGACAUCCACCCGUUUACAUGGAGUCGGACCACCCUCUGCUAUCCACUGCAGGGACGGAGGACGGCAUCCCGCGACUGGCAGGCUUGCUGCCGCGACGGAACAUGCCGCCCUUGCCCUGCGUGAAGCUGACUGUGAUGCUUCUACCUCGGCGUGUGGAACGUCUCUGGUUACUGUGACCACAUGGUUGGAGACGCACUGA